GGUACAGUACCUCGAGCGGGCGCUCCCGCUGGGACUCUGGCAGCGCUUGACUGAAAAUCAGCCUUCGUGGCCCUGUGAAAGACUGGGGUGUCUGUGUGUAAACGUGUCGUCUAGUUGCGGUUCCUAGCCGAGGGAACACUGCCGGCAGGCGGGCGAGGGGGGUCUGUCCGUGGGCCGGACGACAGGGUGGGGACAAUGGCAGCGGUCAGCGGCCAGCGGCCAGGCGGGAUAAACCGUCUCUUUCCCAGGCAGACAAUGAAGUCAUUAUCCCCGUCUCCCGGGGAGGGCCAGCUCAGCCGGGCCGUUGGGAACCAGUGCCGUCCAAAGAGCCUUUUAGGAAUUUAGGAAUCUCGCCAGUGCGUAAAAAAAAAAAAGACCCGACUACACCCAUUUAAUUGUACUCGCACAAAAAAAUCCUGUACGAUCACGAAUUAUACAACACUGGUAACAGUUCCUCGAAUGCGCGACGUUACUGUUGCAAACAGGAACUGGUUUCAAAGUCUGGAGCUGCCGAGCGAAACGCGAAGCCUCGUCUUCCGUUUCCCCGAGUCCUGCAACGCGACUCCCUCCAGCUGAGGGGCCGGGUCUCCCCGUCUCCUCCUCCGGCACCCGGCGCUAACAGAUGGUCUCUGGGCGGUGAUGUCAAACGUUUUCAGCUGUUGGCUGCAUCCAGCGAGAGAGAGAGAGAGGGAGAAACUGGAGCCGUUUUUUUUCAGUUUGAGAGAAUCGCUGAGAAGCCCCAGGGCAUCAAAAUUCACAGACCAAGAGGGAGGGAGGCGGAGAGGAAAACGACCUGAGAACCAUUUGCCCUCUUGCGUUUUUUUUUCAAACCAGCAACGGCCUGCCGAGAAGAGUUUUUUUUUUCUUCAAAUAACUAGCGAACGCGCAGCGAUUUUCAAGUAAAUAUUUGGCCGCCGGAGAGCCCUUUCUCUGUCGUUUUGUCGUCCGCCGAAGUUGGAGAGAGAGAGAGAGGGGAGUGAAGUCGCAGACUCGCCUUGCUCGGAGAGAAACGGGACGGCGAAGGAAACGAAAUCAGUUCCCGAGAGAGAAAACUGCUGAGACAUUUCGGAGUUUCAACUGAAAAGUCUUCGGAUUUCCCCCGUUCGCGGGACUGGAUUUGCAGGUAUCAUUAAGAGACACAGGCGCGCGCCGAUGGAUACUUUCUCCUGACCGUCCAGUGCCUUCCUCCCCUGCUCUGAGCCCCCCUCAGCGAUGACCUCCGACCCCUCUCACCUGGGCCCCGGCAGGGCGGGGCUGGGCGUGGUGGAAGUGGACGCCUGUGACCUGGAAUUAGACCGGAAAUACGAGGUCAUCCCCGCUGUCAUCUGUGCCAUGUGCUGCCUGUUCGGCAUCAUCUACUGCUUCUUCGGGUACCGCUGCUUCAAGGCUGUGAUGUUCCUGUCAGGGCUGAUGUUCGGCUCCGUCAUCAUCUUCCUUCUGUGCCACAAGGAGAGGGUGCUGGACACCCAGCUGAGCGUGGAGGCCAGCGCGGGCAUUGGCCUGGGCAUCGGGGUGCUGUGCGGCCUGGUCACCAUGCUGGUGCGCAGUGUGGGCCUCUUCAUGACCGGCCUGCUGCUGGGGCUGCUGGUUGCUCUUGCCGCCCUAGUGGCGGCCAACCAGUUCUACAACCCGGGCACGGUGUGGGUCCCCCUGGGCACGCUGCUAGGGGCGGGCAUGCUGUUCGCCGUGCUGACCCUGCAGUGGCAGAAGCUGUUCACCAUGCUGUCGACCGCGGUGUUCGGGGCGGCCAUCAUGACGGUGUGCGUGGAUUACUUCAUCGAGAUGCUGGCGCUGGUGGUCUACGUCUACGACCACGUGCGCCUGGUGGCCUCACCCCCCCUCUGCUGGUACAGCUGGGUCAUCAUGGGCGUCUGGCCGGCGCUGAGCAUGCUGGGAGUGCUGGUGCAGUGGAAGCUGACAGCCGAGGGAUUCUCUCACACAGAAGUCAUCAUCAGCCGGCGGCAGAAGCGCGUCCAGCUGAUGAAGAUCCGGCAGCGAGAGGCCAAGAGGCGGCAGCAGAGCGGGACACAGGAGGGCACCUACCGCCGCAAGCCCACGCCCGUCAGACGAUACGCCGGGGACGUGCUGGCGCCGGUGAGGCCCUCCGUGCGUAGCUAUCUCCAGAGCCUGCGGGACCGCCAGAUGGGCACGGGCACCUCCCUCAGCAGCCUGGGCACCAUCAACCACACCCUGGUGGACUUCGACUACGACACCGGCUCCACGGUGCCCCUGACCGCUACCACCCCCGUCGUGCAGGUGUGAGAAGGACCGGCGCUGCCCCCCGGACGAACACAUGCCCCCCCCAGCCAGCCUUCCCUGCCUGACGCGUCUGCAGCCCCUGGGCUGGGAGCCACGUGUGAGAGGCCUGAGCGGCUUUGCACACUGGUUCUGCUGGAGAGCUGGUCUGCCCCUUGCUGCCCCAGCCGGGGCAGGGGAGGGUAGUGUAGCGAGCUGCUGGACUCGAGUGGGUACCUCCUCCGUGAGCAGAUACACCUUGCUGUGUCCAGCGCUUUAUGAACGUCAACGUAUUUAAAAGGCGCUAUAUUGAAUAAAGCCAUAUUGAGACCUCCUCGGAAUGAGCUGCCCCUUGCCUCUGCUGUUUCCCUCCCGGCUGAGGGUGAGCCUGGGUACGAGUUGUGCAACGCCGAGCGCCUUCUGUCCACUGGGUCCGGCUCUGGACUGGACCUGCUCCCGGUUCAGAACGAGCCCUGCAGCCGCAGCUCCAGUACAGACUGUCUACCUUGAGAGCAGCGAGAAACAAGGUGCCUUCAGUCUGGUUUCACUCAGCCCAUAAAGAGGUCGGGUGCGACUACUUAACCUAAGAAACGGACCCAGGAUUUUGAGGGCUGGUUCCAUGAUCUAAAAACUCGCAGCUCUUUCAGUUCAAACGUUACUGCAGGGCUCCGUCUGUCAGAGAACACCUGUAACACUGCAGCCUUGUAGAGCCCAGUAAAAGCCACAGUCAGAGAGCUGAGGCUCUCCAGUCCUCCCAGGUGUGGGAGGUCUAAUGAGUCUGUGCUGUAUUGUACCGCUGAAGGUGAUAUAGCUGGGUAGAGCCUUCUUGGCACGUCUGCCUUCUCCAGAAAACACUUGAAUCCUCAAGAGGACUGCCAUCUCUUCCUCCCUCGUGCCCCAUAACGCUGUAAUAAUCACACCUGUAGGUUAACUAAACUGAGGACUAUUUCCUGGGUGUGGCCCGUAUUGAAUCGCACACCACUGUAGGUCAAAGACAAAGUGACGGCAGGCCGGCGGUGUGCUCUGGGAGACCAGUGGCUCACGGGAGACGGAAUCAGCCCCAGCGGGUUAUAGAGGCUGACACUGACAAGGGGCUGACCUGAGUGAAGAAAGGUGUGCCCCUGAAAGAAUAAAACACAGCUUUAUUGAGGCGCUCUCCCGGGACAGCUCGGACCGUCACCCUGGGAGGAAAGGGGACCCGGCCUGGGACGCUGGCAGCGUGAGCACAGGCCGAGGAUGAAGGAAACGGGGCUCAUCUGCUCCAGCCUGGACUGGGCUGGUGGGGGUCCUGCUGUCGUCUGUGGGCUUGGGGGGUUGGGGGUGCUGGGGUCCUGUAACAUUGCCACUAGAACCAGUGCCUUGAAAUGAAAAGGUUCACCUGAACCUCCGAGACAAGAAGCCGGUGCACAAUCUGGAUGAAGGAGAACUGUCACACGUUUGAGAGCAGAAGAUUGUUUCAAAUGAAGUUUGUGUAUUUUAUCAAUGCGCUGUCUUCAGCACUCUGUGUAACAGAUAAAGACUUUGUAUUUGGGAAGGGUGGGGAGAUCGGGGGGGAGUUCAUGAAGUACUUAUUUAAUACUAAUUUAAAUUUUUGGUUCCCCUCGAAUAGCAAGGUAACCUGUAACUAACGUUCAGUAGACAAUUGCAGUGCUAAUAAUUCCCUCGCUGAAAAGAGGCAUGUUGGAGCUUUUGUUUUUGUGUUUACGCUCUACCGAAACUCAAGGUUUUGUAAAUGAGAUGUACAGAAAUGUGAAUAGGAAAAGAGCUGAUGAAUGAAUAGAAUAAAAUCUUGAGGCUUCAUUGUU